AUGAGUCAACAAUAUUAUCCACCACCAGCUCCGCCUUCACAGCCCUAUUAUUCUCAAACGGCCCAGCCAUAUUACCCACCUCAAACAGGAAGGUAUUCUCCGGUUCCGCAAUAUCAACCACCCGCGUAUGAUCAGGGAUCAUUCCGUGGUUCGAUAGCAGAAAAAUGGAAUCCGAAACCAAAAUUUCAGGAUUUAUGGGCCUUUCUAUUGUUUCUCGCUCACCUUGUUGGUUUCGUGGUUCUUAGUAUCGUCGGACUAAAGUAUCUAAUAAGCCAGGACGGAUUAAAAAAGGGCAACAGUUUCUUUAGGCCUGAAAUAAUUCCACCCUUCGUUAUUUCCGGUCUGAUUGGGUUGAUUUUGAGUGUUGUUUAUAUGCUUUUUAUGCAAAGGUUUCCUCUACCGCUUAUCAAAGUAACACUAUACCUGUCAAUUGCCAUGUAUUUUGUUGCUGCUGCCGUCUUUUUCUUGGUUCGUUCAUACCUUUUGUCAGUUAUUUUUGUAGUUUUCGGAAUAUUAUAUUUGAUUGCCGCCUUUAGUUGGCGUAAUCGUAUUCCUUUUGCAGCUAUUAUGUUAGAGACAGUUGUUAGCAUUACAAGAAAAUAUUAUGGUAUCAUUAUAAUGGGUUUUAUAGGUUUAAUAGUUCAAGUAGGAUGGUCUGUCUUGUGGAUUUUGAGUCUAAUUGGAGCAUAUGAAUAUUUCGAUUCGAUAUAUUGUAAUACUACCGUGAAUGGUCAAAAGACAUGUAACAAUUCUACUAUUAUCUACCUAAUAUUGGUAUAUUUAUUGUUCAGCUUCUAUUGGACAAGUCAGGUCAUAAAGACUAUUGUUCAUGUUACUGCCUCAGGAGUUUAUGCAACAUAUUAUUUCCUUGAAGGCACUCCUCAAGGAACAGGCACUACUCCAACUCUCAGCUCUUUUAAGCGUGCAACUACAACUUCUAUAGGUAGCAUUUGUUUUGGGAGUUUAAUAAUUGCACUUCUUAAUACUGCUAGAGCAGUAUUACGAACUUUUGCGGAUAGCGACGAUGGUGCCUGUGGAUUUUUGGCAUGCUGCAUUGCUUGCUUAUUAGCAUGGAUUGAAUCAAUUGUCGAAUACUUUAAUUUUUACGCUUAUGUUGAAGUUGCGAUAUAUGGUAAAUCAUACUGUCAAGCUGCAAAAGAUACAUGGACCUUGAUAAAGGAUCGUGGCAUUGAAGCUAUUAUUAAUGAUGAUCUUAUUGGAAAUGUGUUAACCAUGGGCUCUCUUUUAAUUGGUGUUCUUUGUGGGUUAUUCGGAUUCCUUUACAUACACCUUUUCUUAAAUUUUUUAUUACAAGAUCAAAACAGUUCAACUUUAGUAAUCGUAUUUAUUCUAAUUUGUUUUGUAAUUGGCUUUAUGAUGUGUGUGGUCAUUACUGAUUCCGUCAGCUCUGGUGUCUCAACUACUUUCGUUGCUUUGGCUGAGGAUCCGGAUGCGUUACGAAGAACUAAGCCUGUAUUGUUUGAUAGAAUUCGACAGCAAUGGCCCCGUAUUGUCCAAGGAAUUUAA